UUUUCUUCUGACAAUAUCCCAAAUAAAAAAUGGACUAAGCCUUUUUGUUUUAUUGUAAAUAAUAUGCGUAAAGGGACGGUUGGUGAACAUUGGGUUGCUUGUUAUUCUGAUAAUCCGAGUACUGUGGAAUACUUUGACUCUUUUGCAGAUGAACCGAAUUGUGACAUGAGACAAUCUAUGCUUGGUAAUUUUUCAAAAGUAAAACAAAAUAAAUUUCCUUUGCAAUCCCCUCUAUCAGAUACCUGUGGCCAUUAUUGUAUUUAUUUUUUAAUAUUGCGUUCAAAGAAUAAUUUUUCAUCAACACUACAAAAAUUGCAUUCAAUUCCCCCAGAAGCCCGUGACGCUUUAUUAAGACGAUUCAUUCAGCACCUUUCGUAUAUAAGAUAA